GCUGGGGCCGGACUCCUGGCGCCAUGGACCCCCGCCGCCCACUCACCUGGGCACUGGUGCUGCUGGGCACCGGUCUGGCGCUCGCGCUGGGCCCCGCGCCUGCUCCGGAAGCCCCAGAGAAGCUGUGCGGCCACCACUUGGUGCGCGCGCUGGUGCGGGUGUGCGGGGGCCCGCGCUGGUCCUCCGAAGACGGGCGGCGAGUGGCUGGCGGGGACCGUGAGCUGCUGCAGUGGCUGGAAGGACGACAUCUCCACGGGCUGGCGGCCGAUGGGGACCCCACACUGGUUGUUGUGCCACAGCCCCUGCCCCAGGCCUCUCGCCGUCACCGCCCUGGCCGGGCAGCCACCGCCAACCCUGCACAUUUCUGCUGCCUCAGUGGCUGCACCCGGCAACACCUGUUGACCCUGUGUCCUCACUGAACCCGCCUGGGUGUGGCCUCAGAGGAUCCAGAGACCCCCCCAGGGGUCAGGUCUGGCGGGCUCCUGGAGCACCAUAAAGCCCCAUCUGGGAGGACGGGGCGGAUCACCUCCCAGCACUCACCGCCUCCCCCGGGCCACCUUCCUCUGUGGGGCCAACUGCAAAAAAAAAAAAAAAAAAAAAAAAAAAAAAAUCGCACCUCAACCCUGGCCUGGAGGGUCCUUGGUUUCACGGGGAUACCAGACUCUGAGGGCCAAAUGUUCUCAUCUCUGAGGAGCCCCAGGCGCCACCCGCCCCAUAUCCGUGACACCGACCCUCAUUGUCGUCUCCCUAAUAGUAAAUAAAUGAAGCUCCUGCAGAA